AUGAAUUCUCUGCCACCCGAGGUUCAACUUGAUAUAUUAAAAUAUGUUAAUUUCAAUCAAUUAUUCUCUGUUAGACAAACCAAUUGUUAUUUCAAUAACUUUAUCAAUGAAUAUGAAAACGAAUUGGCUCGUUUGAAAUUGCAUAAACUCGAAAUUGUUAAUGUGUUCCAUCAUGAUCGUAGGUUAAAUCCACGUCUUACUAUUCCACUUGGCUCUGGAAUUUUUAAAUUUAUUUUGAAUAGUCAACUUGAGAAGAAGGUUUAUUUAAUUAAUUUUUAUUUAAACAAGUAG